AUGUCGAUUGUGCCUAUAAUCACCUUCAAGGCUGGUACCUGCGAUGCAGACACCUCCAGCAAGCCUUACAAGGUCAAACCCCAAGCCACACCCGGCUACAUCUACCUGUACUCCGAAGAUGACUUGAUCCACUUCUGCUGGCGCGAGCGCAGUGCCGCCAUGGACGCCCCCGACCUCGAUCUCGUCAUGGUGCCGACGGACGGUGAAUUCGUCCCCCAUAUCCCGGACAACCAACCGACAUCAAAGACCAACGGUCGUGUCUUCGUGCUCAAGUUCGGUUCCUCCUCCCAGAGACACUUCUUCUGGCUCCAGUCGAAGCCGCAAUCCCGCAACGGCGACCCGAGCUGGUUCAGCCCUCGCGACAAGAAGAUUGGCGAGAUUGUCAACGCGCUUCUUCAAGGCGAAGACGUCAAUGUCAACCGAGAGCUGGCGCAGGUUCGCAACACCGACGACAGACGGGACGACGACGAUGACGAGACAAUGGAAGAUGCUGAGGGCCAGGGAGACCGGAACGAUCAAACAACCGGUGGUGCUGGCGCUGGCGCCACUGGCGGCGACGUCCGCGAAGAGGGCGAGAAUGCUAGAGAGGGUGGAAGUGACGGAGCUCGAGCUGCUGCUGGUGGCUCUGGCAAUACCGAUGCGGACGCUGCCGUCCGGAACUUCUUGGCUUCAUUACAAGGCAACUCUGGUCUGGGCGGAUCUCAGCAGGGUGGACAGCAGCAAGCCGAUAAGCCUUUUCCCUACCUGAACCACCUUCUCCCUAACGAAAUCACGAUCCCCAUGCUCCGCUCAGCCUCCGAGGAGUACAUCGACAGUCUCCUCAGUUUCUUACCGCCGGCAAUCCUCAUUCUUGCCACGGAUAACGACGACUUGGGUGACUCGGAGCCCACGGCAGAGGCUGCCGCCGCUGCCAAGGCGACGUUGAGUCUGGCAGAGAAGAAGACUUUGCUGGAGAGGGUCCUCAGAAGCCCUCAAUUCCACCAAGCUCUGGGCAGUCUGACAAUGGCUCUCCGCGACGGCGGUCUCCCCACUGUUGCCGAGGCGCUGAAGGUCAAGGUUCCCAACGGGGGCUACAUGAGGGGCGGUGCCAUGCCCUUGGGGGGCGGUGAAGCUGUGGAGGCGUUCGUUGAGGGCGUCAAAUCCACUGUGAAGGAGAAGAAGCAGGGCUGA